UGAAAGUCGAAGUCGCAGACUCGGACUCAGCCACUCACUCAGAGACCUAAACCUAAAUCGACCCAGACGACUGACGAGCGACGGCGUACCCUAAAUCGACAUUCCGGCAACGCUGUUCAGUGUCCACACUCCACAGACUACUCCGGUACUCCCAUUGUCCCGACUCCUGCCUCCCAGUCCCAGCCCUAAAUCGAUUUCCGUGGUCGUAAAGAGAACUCAAGAAGAAGAAGAAGAAUAAGGCAAUCUGACAUUCGACGGACCCUGUUCGUCUCUCUCAGCCUCUCAGUGAUUUCGGACAGCCGGAGCUUGCAGUCUAUUUUUAAUUUUCCAUAAUUCUAUUGGAAGAGUAAAAAAUGAGCGCCGCAACUUUCAGUUCGAUAUGCUUCGACCGAGGAUCUGCGUGGAAGAGAUUCCCGAAAGUUUCGAACUUGAAUCACCCAAACGGACGGAACCUGUGCAUUAGAGGAUCAUCGUCGGGACUGUCACCGAACUCCUUGCAGGUUGCUAAUACGAAUGGUGCGAAACUCGAAAAGGAAGUUCGUGUAGCUAUUCUCGGUGCUAGCGGUUACACUGGCGCAGAGAUUGUUCGACUCCUUGCAAAUCAUCCAUUCUUUGGCGUCAGUUUGAUGACUGCUGAUAGAAAUGCUGGCAAGUCAAUUGCAGCAGUUUUUCCUCAUUUGGCAACAGAAAAUAAUCUUCCUGAUACGGUAUCUAUCAGUGAUGCAAAUUUUUCUGAUGUGGAUGCUGUUUUUUGUUGUCUGCCUCAUGGGACAACGCAGGAAAUUAUUAAAGGACUUCCUAGGAGCUUAAAGAUUGUUGAUCUUUCUGCUGACUUCCGGUUGCGUGAUAUUUCUGAAUAUGAACAAUGGUAUGGUCAACCACACAAAGCACCAGAAUUGCAGGAAGAGGCUGUAUAUGGUUUGACAGAGAUAUUCAGGGAGGAGAUUGGAAAUGCACGCUUGGUUGCCAACCCUGGUUGUUACCCAACUUCUGUUCAACUACCUCUGAUUCCAUUGAUAAAGGCUAAUCUCAUUGAAGACAGAAACAUUAUCAUAGACGCAAAAUCUGGAGUGAGCGGGGCAGGACGUGGUGCUAAGGUGGACAAUCUGUACACUGAGAUAGCUGAGGGCAUUAAGUCUUAUGGCAUUACAAGCCAUCGUCAUGUCCCAGAAAUUGAACAAGGACUAUCUGAUGCUUCUCAUUCAAAGAUAACUGUCAGUUUCACCCCUCACUUGAUGCCAAUGAGUCGUGGCAUGCAAUCAACUAUAUAUGUGGAAAUGGUGCCAGGAGUGACAACUGAGGAUUUGUACCAGCAGUUGAAGAAUUCCUAUGAGGAUGAAGAAUUUGUAGUUUUGCUAGACAAAGGGGUUGUCCCUCGUACAAAUGCAAUUCGAGGUUCAAAUUAUUGUUUUCUGAAUGUCUUCCCUGAUCGAAUUCCUGGAAGAGCAAUAAUUAUAUCAGUUAUUGAUAAUCUUGUGAAGGGAGCUUCUGGUCAAGCUCUGCAAAAUCUGAAUGUUAUGAUGGGAUUUCCGGAAAAUACAGGACUUCGCUUACCGCCCAUGUUUCCUUGACAGAUUCUUUUCCUCCAACUCCGAUUGAAUAAUUACGGAGCAGCAUUCUUGUUUUUCAAAUAAGCUCUCGCAUCGUCUUGGGUAUCUCUUUGAUGGAUGCUGUUGUUGUACGAUUUAUUAGAAAUAUGUAUCAGACUUGGCAGAAAUUUAUCAUUUCUUGUAAUAAGAAAUGAUUUUGAAAGUAGAGGAAUUGCUUCUAUCGUCGGGAAAGAAUGUUCGCACUAGAAGUAGGUAAAGGCUGAGGCUUUAGAACUCAUCGCAGAGGGUACAAUCCAUAAAAAUUUUGGUGGUAGCCUCUCUUUGUAUGAUAAUCAAGUUGUUUGAUGCCUUGCAACAUA